AUGUGUCUAGUAAAGCUGCGAGCUUUUCUGCAUCGAAUACUGCGUCGCUUUAUAUCAAAUACCCAGAGCGACCCAGACGAUAAUACCACAGAUGCAUCUGAAGCUCCAAGCUGCCGAUUUCCUCUCGAUGACGACAGUUCAGAUGCGUUAACCCUGCCGGAUGGCCGGAAACUUGGAUAUGCGCAGUAUGGAUUGUUGACGGGGAAGCCUAUCUUUUAUCUACAUGGCCUGCCGGGAGCUCGCACUGAAGCUGCAUGCUUUGAAGAUCUUGCCCGGGAGCUGGGAGCUCGCAUAAUUGCUACUGAUCGGCCUGGUAUUGGCUGGAGCUCGCCUCAUGCAGGUCGGUCACUUCUUGACCACCCAAAGGAUCUGGAAGAGCUUGCAAACCAUCUCAAGCUGGAUAAAUAUGGAGUACUGGUAAGGAUUAUUUAUCUCAGAACGCUGCUUCAAGAACAUCACAAAAUUGACAAAAAUCGACAGGGGAUUUCUGGAGGCGGGCCAUAUGCACUCGCUUGUGCUGCAUCACUACCGCCAGAAAAACUUAAAGCAGUCUCGAUCAUCUGUGGCCUCGGCCCUCCAGACAUCGGUAUGAAGGGCGCAUGCUGGGCUAACUGGCUAGGAUUCACUCUCGGAUACCGCUACUUUCCCAUGCCUACUGGAUGGUAUCUCAAACGCCAGCUGGCAGCAAACCUAGACCUAAGUGAUGAGAAACGAUACCAGAAACUACGAAAGGAGGUGUUGAAGUCCAAGUCCAUGCCUGAAAAGGACCGUGAGAUCAUGAAGGACGAAAGUACUCUGAGGUUAUUCCUACGGACAAGUCGGCAAAGCUUUUCCCAAGGCAGUGACGCAGCAGUACAGGAUGGCAGGCUGAUGUGCAUGGACUUUGGCUUUCGAGUGGAAGAUAUACGUCCAGACUUGCCUGUGCAGCUUUGGUAUGGGAAACAGGACGUUGCUGUUCCACUUAACCAUGGGGUGCAGAUAGCUGCAAGGCUCGGUGGCCGAGCAGCUUUAAGGGUCGUGGAUGAGACGCAUUUGAGCAUAUGGGCGAAUUACGUUCCGGAAGCAACCCGACUCCAAAUCAUAAACAUAUCAUAUUGGCCUCUAUUCCAUGUAAGCAUGUCUAUACCUAACCCUAAGAAGACCGAAGGAGGCUUACUAUGCGGAGCAGUAAACCCGGAAGCUAACCCUGUCAGAAGGGAUCCUGAAAUAGGCCUGCCCGUUGAACACGGCAGUGAAAUAGCCGGUGCAAUCCUUUCCCCUGAAAAAGUUUCCCUGGGUACAGUCGUCGAUCUCGAAGAUUGGGCCUUUGAUCUCGUUGAAGCAUUUGCCGUGCUCAGGUUUGCCACCUUCCUGGAGGGUAUUCGAGUCAUAAUCGGUGAUUCUCCAUGCCAGCGUGGGAGAAGACACCGAUGA